UCAGAAAGACAGAGUUGACCCUGACAUUGCAAGCCUGGGAUGUAUACGUCUUUGCAUUAGUGUUUAACACUGGUCAGUUCUAUUUCCCUGAGCGCCUGGCGGUGAUGGGAUUUUGCUCAUGACAAAUCCGUCAAGUUAGGUUCAUCAAUGCACAAUACUGAUGGAAUAUAUUGCAAGAAUGUCGGGUUCUAACUGACGAGGAUUGAAUGUUUUAGUGUAAAAUCUUUCAAUCACACCAGAGGAUUCACUUCCAUUAUGCAGUGGGCAGUUUGUCUGACAUUUAUUGCUGUGAGCUGGUCAAUAGGAUCCUGUCAAGGUCAGCUCAGUAUCAGCGCCGACGCCAUCUCCGAGGGUGAGGUGUACGUCUCAUGGGACACCCUGGGGGACCAAGAGCUGCAGGACUUCCGGUUGUCCUUCACAACCAGCCAGAGCGACCCAUGGCUACUGCUCAGCGUGUUCCCUGGCAUCAGAGGCUUCCGGGUCAUGGACCUUGACCCUGGGGAGCUCUAUUACUUCCGGGCGCAAGGUCAAUUGGGAAAUGAGAAGGUCACGGCUGUUACGCAUGUCAAGACUCCUCCUUAUGCAAGUUCUCGCAAGCCGUCCAAUGUGACGGUCAGCAAGGUGAGAAGCGGCGUCAAGGUCAACUGGUCAGCGGCAGAUAACAAGGAUGUGCUUGGUUACGUCGUGUCUUACGUCCAAGUCGACAGCGACAACGUAGCUGUGGAACCUGUGGCUCGCAAAUCAGUAUUCGGAAAACCAGAAGUGGUGCUCGACUUUGAGAAUGGGGCGCGUUACAAGGUGCAGGUACGAUAUCGGACCCGUUAUGGUGUGGGGGACUUCAGCUUACCUACUUUCAUCGGGGAGAAACUGCCAGUUAACCCUCAGAUGAAAGCUAAACCAGGCACCAAGAAGGUAGUUGCGGGGAGUAUGGUGAUGAUCACGUGUGCGGCCAUCGCUGACCCCGUCCCGACGAUCACGUGGCGCAGAUCGGGCCGCACGGUCAACUUCGACAAGAAGCGUUUCUCGGUGGCGGAGUCUCCUGGGGCGUCCACGCUGCGGAUACACCAUGUCCUGCCGGAGGACAGAGGCCCCUACGUCUGUCUCGUCAACAACAAAGUCGGCAGAUCCAUUAAGGCAAGGGCUGUUCUCAAAGUAGUAGGUAAAAGGAAAGGAUACCCGCAGAUAACAUUGCAACCUGAGUCAUCAGAAUUUGAGGAAGGAGAGAACAUGACCUUCAACUGCAGAGGUCAAGGUCGCGGUAAGAUGCGAUACACGUGGUACAGAGAUGGAUUCCCAGUCACCGAAAUGCCUCGAUACGUCGUUGACUCAUCAGGAUAUUUGACCAUAUACAGACUGACGAAAAACGACAGCGGGGACUACAUCUGUGAGUCGGCCAAUAACAUGGGUUCUGUGUACUCCAUGGAAGCAAAUCUCCAGGUAAUAGAUCGUUCGAUAAUCGAGCCGGCAUCUUUCAAGGCCGCUGAGUUAGUUCUGCGUGUACCGUAUGGUGGCGCUGUGAACCUCACGUGCGAGGCAAGCGGAGAUCCCGUGCCGUUUGUCAAGUGGAUUCUGGUGAACGAGCAGACGACAACAACAGAACGCCAGGGUCGAUAUGUUCUGGCCUUGACCAAUGUCCACACGUCUGGAAGUUACCAAUGUCUGGCCUCGAGUGGAGAAGAUACCAUCACACAGAACUAUGAAGUCAUCGUUGACCUUCCGGCCCUACCGCAGCCUGUCAUCUUCACGUCACAGAGGCUGGAUGGGGGAGCGGGCUUCAUCCGGUGGCGAGCAGCGGAGGAGGAGCAGGGCAGCUACCCCGGAAUCACGGGCUUCACCGUCAACUACUCCCCCGUAGACGCGUCCGACAGGGUCAUCGAUGCCCCGAAACAUUCAGUGUCCCAUGAUGCCUCCGACAGGAAAGACCUGAUGCCAUGGUUACAAGGGGGCUAUCGGUACAAGGUCAUGGUUCAGGCUGAAGGCCAGGCAGGGUCGGGGCCUCCCAGUGAGCCAGCCUUUAUACCAGCAGUCGGUCAGCCCGAGAUUGUCAUUUCUCCUCAGCCUCUCACCAUCUCCAAUGGAAGCAGUGCCAUUUUCCACUGUAAAGCAUCCGGGAAGCCAAUUCCUCUCCUGUACUGGACAAAGGGAGGCAAUCGUAUAAACUAUGACAACUUCCGCUUCAAAAUGAAGGUGAAGGAUGGCUACAGUAUGCUGCGGGUCGACGGCGCUGUACCUGCAGACUCCGGCACAUACACCUGCAUCGCCGCCAACAACAUCCUGAGACUCAGCGUGUCACAAGCAGCUACCCUAGAAGUACUACCAAGAGAAGAUCUACCUGAAGGGUUCCCCGAGAUCUCGGGCGGUCCACGCCAGAUGAACGUGAGUGGCCAACAGUUUCUGCAGUGUGUUGUUGAGGGCUACCCGGAUGUGAACAUCACGUGGUACAAGGACUCCUAUCCAGUUCUAGACUCCUCCAGGAUACUCCAAGAACAAGGACGACUCUAUUUCAACUCGUUGUCUCGAGUAGAUGAAGGCGAGUACCAGUGUCGCGGCUCAAACGAACAGGGGGAUGUUUUCUCCCCCAACCUAGAAGUCACAAAGAGGGCUCCAGCCUCUAACCGCCCGUCAGUGAAGUAUGUUCGUCUUAACCCGGGAUCAAACGUUAACCUAACGUGUGCUGGGGUGGGGAAGCCCCUCCCCCAGGUCACGUGGAUGUACGACGGGGAGGAGAUCGACAAUGGAGGCAGUCCCGUGCUGCAGGUGAUGGAGAUCCGGGAAUCUCGCAACUACACGUGCGUGGCCCGCACUGAAUGGGGGGAAAGCCCUGCCACUUUUGUCCUCACUGUGGAAGGAAAGAGUAGGGUUGCCCAGGGCAAGCCAGUGAUUGUGACCGACACGAACCGUGUGGAGGUGAGAUCGGGGCUGGGGCUGAAUCUGACGUGCGGCACCGGUGGGGUGCCAGUGCUCUACUUCAAGUGGCUGGUGGGUGGAGAAGUCAUCUUCCAGGACAACCGCGGGGAGAACAUCAACAGCAGCGUCCUCUACCUCACCAACGUCAGGCACGACAAGAACUACACGUGUGUUGCUGUCGGCGCCAGGGAAAACGCCGAGGUAGUUUUCCAGGUGGUCGUAGUUGGAGGAGAAACUAACCCCAACAAGCCCAUCAUUGUCACUAACCCCACGGACGUCUUCGCCUUCGCAAAGCAGCCCGCGACACUUGAUUGUCACGCUGAAGGCGACCCUGCCCCUAUCGUCACGUGGUACAAGGACGGGAAGAAAGUCCUGACGACUCGGGAAGACCCCCUCUCCCCAAAGGUAAUUCUUCUGGGAGGGAAGCUCUUCUUUCUACGGGUCUUCCACAAUGAGAAGGUGUCGGACGCUGGUGUCUACUACUGCAAUGCUACAAACGUCUUCGGCAGCACCAUCAGCAAAUACGCCACUUUACAGAUAGCCGCCGUCCCACGAAUCACCACCCAACCCAAACCAGUGAAGAUCAGGCGAGACGGUAGUGUGAACUUGACGUGCACGGCGGUUGGGCCUCCUCAGCCGCUGAUAACAUGGCGGCUCAACAACCAGGACUUGCAGGAAGCCGCCUCACGAGCCGGAAGUAACGUUCUGAUUCUGCGCAACGUAAAGAGGUCAGCCAACUAUACUUGCGUGGCCCACAAUACAGUGGGCAGAACACAGGCAGUGUUUCCGGUGUGGGUCGGAGGCUACGAAGAGACCAGAAAGAAGGCAAAGGUUAAGGAGAUUAAGGUUGUUCCCGGGUCGUUUGUAAAUCUGACCUGCGUGACCGAGGACCCACAGAACACUAUCUAUUCCUGGUCAACUGAUGGGGAGGACAUUCCGGUUUUCGGGGCUGUGCUCGCACUACCAAACGUGCGGAUGUCCGUCAACUACACGUGCAGAGCGGAGAGCCCCAACAAGAGGUCGGAGGCGACGUUCAUGGUUGUCAUGGAGGCGGAACAUGCUCUUGUGAUCGGGGGGACUGAAUAUGUCGAGGAGUUGGACACUCUGUCACUCACCUGCAACGCAACCGGGGAAUAUGCUGACGUCACAGAUCUUGAGUGGUUUAAGGACGGGUCCCGACUAGACGCCGAAUCUGACCCUGAGAUCCACAUCGUCAAGAUCAGGCUCCGCGAUCACGAUCUUCUCACCAGCAGACUCACCAUUAUUCGCAGCCGGAAGAGGGACACGGGAGUGUACGCCUGUCGAACUCCGAACAGCGGACACCUGCGGAGUAUGGACGUGUUUGUUUUCAGAGAUGAUGUCACGCCCCACGUGAAGCAAUUGCGGGUUGUCAAGGGCGACUACGUGAACUUGACCUGUGUGACCCCGGGUUCAAGAACAAGUAUGUACGUAUGGCAGAAGAAUGGCGCUUACAUCAAAGGUCGAACGGAGUCAUUCUUCUCCCUGAACAAGAUUCAGAAGUCAUCUAAUUACACUUGCAUCUCCCAGGGAUCGGCAGGUGCUUCCAAAGCAACCUUCAUGGUCAUCGUGGAAGGCAGGGCAGGUGUAACAAUCAGCGGUCCGCAGUCUAUCACUGUUGGUGCCACCGUCAGACUACAUUGCAACGCUACGGGCAGAACGUCGGCUCCCAGUGACGUUGUCUGGCUCAAGGACGGGGAAGAACUUCACGAAUCGGAGACUGUCAUCAAGACAAAGCUUAUUGGCCCGGAUGACCUGACGCUAUAUGCCUUACUUGAAGUGACCAACAGCCAGACAACGGACAGUGGAACAUACGUAUGUCAGAGCACGCUCGGAGACUCGUCAACCUUCCAGGUCAAGGUCAAAGAAGUGUCGAAAGAGAAGGGCCAGGCAGGGACGAGGAUAACGGUACCACCCAAGGACAAGAGCGUUGAAGAUGGAGCCGUUGUCAGAUUCUAUUGCGGCGCCACGGGCUCCUCUGCACUGUCGGUACACUGGGAGACGAAGGGCCGGAGGGUGAUAAGCAGGGGUCGCUUCUCGGUGAGGGGAGACAGAGAUGAGUCAGUUCUUGAGAUCGACCCUGUGGUUCUGGGUGAGGACGAUGGACAGGUUGCCUGUAUAGCGGACGACAGUGGCGGGCCCACCCAGUCCCACUUCGCCAGUCUCACCAUCUACGACCAUACCACCGUCCCGUUCGACUUUCCCGCCAUCACGGAACACCCUGCUCUGCGGGCGGUGGAGCGAGGGCGGACCACUGUAUUCCAGUGCGAGGCUCUAGGCACGAAAAACGCCAGCAUACUCUGGUACAAGGACCAAUUCCCCAUCUCUACUGGCGGGCGGUACACGGUAUUACCUGGAGAUCAGAGAAGUGCCCUGAAUGUGUCGGGUGUAGAGACAACGGACGAGGGAGUGUACCAGUGCUCUGUGGAGAACCAGGCAGGCAUAGCCUACUCCCAAGAGGCCAGCCUCUACGUCCGGGGAAGACAGUUUCCACCACAGUUCACAAGGUCUACAGAAAAUAAACGCGUGCGCAUAGGCGAUGACGUCACUAUGGUGUGUACUGCGGUUGGUUCACCUGUACCUCUGGUACGAUGGGUCCAAAAUGGCCGUCCUAUCAACAGGGUGGGUCCAGCCAACGGACGUGACGUCAUAAGGUUGAAGAACGUUCAGCAGUCUACGAAUAUCGUGUGUACUGCAGAGAAUCUGCUUGGCAACAUCGAAUAUACAGCUCGGGUGAUCGUGGAGGACCCAGACGCGGUGCCUGCGGCGCCGGGACAGCCCAACGUGACCAACGUCGGUCAAGAUACAGCGACGGUGAGCUGGGCGGACGCAAACAAAGAGGGCAUCUCCCCCAUUACCGUUUUCAUCAUCCACGUCAGGAAGUGCAAGAAAGACUGGCACGAGAACACGGCUCAUGACGUCAUAGUUAGUGGCGGUGUUCAAGAAGUAGUGGUCAGCGGCCUCAAGCCCGGCACGUGCCACCAGGUCAGACUGACCGCUAAAAACUCGCAGGGAGCAGGGCCCGAGGGGGAACCAAGUGAGAAGUUCUACACUCGGAAGAAGGUUUCACGUGCCGCUCCCCAUAAUGUGAAAGCGAGGCUGGUGAUGCGCGAUGGGGGUCUGAUAAGCUGGUCGGAACCGGCCGUAGUAGAUGAUACAGAAGCGCUACAGGAAUACCGUGUCCUCUACACCAUCAACCCUUCCGCUCCUAUCCAGUACUGGAACAACAUGUCUGUACCACGUGACCAGACAUCAGCUCUUAUCCGGGGCCUGAGCCAGUUCGCUACGUACACCUUCAGAAUACAGGCAACCUACAACGACGGCCAGAGAGUUGAAUCCAACGACAUCGAAUUGUUUAUCAAAGAUUCUUCAGCUGAUGAGAUCCAGCUCCGUGUCAGCAACCUGGAGGGGGAGAUACUCAGCCCGUCCAGCGUCAAGAUCUACUGGAAGAACCCGGUCAGCGUGGAGCCGACGGAGGGGUACGAGUUGUCCAUCGACGACGGCAAUGAUUACCAGGAGCAGAUCCGCAUCACAGGGGCAGCUAACUCCUACGUCCUCAGUGGCCUCCUACCUGGGGGCGGGUAUGUCGUCAGGAUCGCCCGUAGGACCAAGUAUGGCGUGGGACCACAAACCGAACCCAUGAGUAUCAGACUCCCCAGCUUCGUUUUAGAGGCUCCAACUAUAACAGACUUAUCUCCCUUGAACUCGACCGCGAUCAUGGUCACGUGGGAAACCCCUCCUUCUGAAUCUCCGCAGCUGCAGUUGAUUCAGGGGUACGUUGUGUCCGUCGACAACCAGCGACGUCGCGAGAGUCGACGAGUGAGUGUGGAUCGUGACGACCGUCAGGCGGUGGUGGAGGGGCUGACAGCGGACACCAGGUACAGUGUCAGGGUGUCCGGCAUCACAGAUCAGGGGGAUGGGCCCAGCUCUGACCCACUGUUUGUGUCCACCAACUCCAGAGAUUCUCAGGCCCCUAUUUUGGAAGAAGUUGCCGGCGUCAAUCAAACAUCCCUUUUCAUCCGAUGGAGACCUUCGCCCUUCGCCGGUAAUGUGGACCCUAAAGGCUACUUCGUGUACAUUGAGAAGGUCAAAGCUGGUCCCUGGGACUCCACUGUGCGCUACAUCAUGGACGUCAGACCCGGCACCAACCACGAGAUCGCCAUGGGACAGCUGUCCCCGGGAACGAAGUACAGCGUGGAGGUGGCUUGGUACAACAGCGACGGGGAGGGACCAAAGAGUGAACCCAUGACAGGGUCCACUACAGGGGAGGUAGUGACCACCCCCAUUCCUGACUUCCUCCCCCGCGCCCCGUACCUUGAAGAGGUGACUGCUAUGAAUGCCACGUCCAUCCUCGUCACAUGGUGGCCUCCAGAUGAAGAAAUGCCUGAAGGGGAGAUCAAGGGGUAUUACGUGUACAUUGAGCGGAUGGCAGGCUCCACCUGGAUCCCGGAGUCCAGAUAUCAAACCAAUAUUCCCCCAGAGGGUCAGCUGUUUAUAAUAAGUUCUCUAAAACCAAAGUCAAGGUACCGCGUUACUGUCAGCGCCUAUUCUGAGAAUGGAGAAGGGUUAAAGAGUGACCAGCUGGUCGUGGAAACGCCGAGGAUCGACGAAAACAUGGGUCAGGUCAAUCCGAAAAGAUCCGGAUCGGUGACUCUGCCAAGUCCUCCUGUAAUGGAUGAAGUCAGCGCCAUCAACGUCACUUCCGUUUCAGUCAAGUGGCGGCCUUCCCGCGCAGACACUGGGCCUAACGCCGGCAACAUACACGGGUACUAUCUGUAUGUCGAAGUGUUGAAUAAAGGGAAGUGGAAAUCGGAGUUUAAAUUCGAGACUAACGCACUCCCAGCAGGACAACAGUUGACAAUAAAUGGAUUAGAAAGGAACCGGAAGUACCGCAUCCGGGUGUCUGGAUUUGGUCCUGCUGGGGAAGGAUCUCAGAGCGAGGCUAUGACAACCGAGACAACAGAGAAUGUAGUUCGUGGUAGAACAGAGGAAAGAGAGCAACCGCCAGCCACUGGCUUCUGUCAGAUCUAUCUGGGAACCAUCUGCUCCCGGUAUCUGCGCAAUAAGAGCGUCUUCGUAAAAUCCCGGUUCGAGCAGUCCCAGAAAGAAGAGCGGGUCAUAGCUGCCGUGACAUACAUAGGCAACCGCCUGAAUCAGAGGUGUGCCAACCUGGCCUUACAGACCGUGUGCUACACAGCGUUCCCCCCCUGUACAGCGAUCGGCAACGUCCCCACCCCCCGGGCUGUCUGCAGGGAGGACUGCUACUCCAUGGACUCGCAGUGCCGGGAUGAGUUGGCGCUCGUCAGAGCCAACCCCCUCGUCGGCGAUGAACUGGUCCCCCAGUGCAACACCCUCAGGACCAGCAGCGUCUCCUCAGGGGGCACCUGUGUGCGGGUCAUCACAGGUCUCGCCCCGGGGUCCGGGUUUGGGUCCAGAAGAGGAGAGUCGAGAAACGUAGUCCCGUCCAGCCCCCAGCGUCUAGCGGUGAAUCCCGUCUCUCGCUCCCCCUACCGCGUCCGCCUCGUCUGGAUGUCACCCCAUAAGCCUAACGGAGACAUCACCGGCUACGAGGUUGCAUGGUCCACUGGCGCGGGGGACACGUACAAGAAACUGCUGCCGGCAAACCAGCUUGUCUUCGAGACCAAGGCUUUGUAUCGAGGCUUGCGCUACGAGUUCGAAGUGAGAGCUAUGAACCAAGCCGGGAUGAGUGAGCCAAUCAGAGCAGCGCUCGACAUUCCGGAAGGAGUACCAAUGGGCGCCCCCCAGAACGUGGAGGGGUCAGCUAACGCUACCUCUAUAAAGCUGACCUGGGACCCCCCUAGUCGCGCCCUCCUCAACGGCCGGCUCGGGGAGUACGUCGUGACGGUGUACCUUGCUGACAGCCCCUCAUCUGACCAGACCUUCCAGGUGGGCAACCCAGGUCUCGUCCUUCAGAACGUGGAGCCAAGGACAGAAUACGUUUUCCAGAUCGCUGCCAGGAAUAGGGCGGGGGUGGGGCCAUGGUCCCCGAAGGUAUCCGUCAGGACAGGCUGAUGGUUCCAGGGAGAUAACUCUCUUCGAAGGACAUUCCUACGAGUUCGUUUGUGUAUAGGGGUAGUGCUAGAAAUUGUCAUGAUUUUCUUGUCAGGUUUCAAAGACAUUUAGACAAUAAACUCAUGUAAAAGGAAAUAUAUUUUCUUCAAGUGUAAUAAGUAAUGUAUAUAAUUGUGCAAUUGUUUAUAAUAUAAUAAACAAACGUCUC